AUGCUGACACUUCUGGAACUGCAGCCAACGGCCGGUCGGCCGGCACUUCUGGAUGCAAAGGCCGAUGCACAACAGAAGUCGGCAUUGGCCUUGGAACGAACCACAGAGAGCCGGGCGACGCAGGUGAAGCGCCUGCUCCUUGCGACGGGCCUGGCGGCUUCGACGGAAGCAAGGCUCCACUUCGUCGGGAGGCCUCCAACAUUCCAGUCGCACGCCUGGCUCCAGACGGCUCGGGCCGUUUCUCCCUCGCAGCCGGACCGCCAGGAGUCUGAUCUCCAUGUCAUCUCGCUCCGGAAGCCGCGGGACGCCGUGCGGGCGUGUCCAGUCAGGUCGUGCUGGACCUGGAAGGAGAAGGUGCUGGGGGAUGGACAUGACUUUUUCAUCCCGCGGCCAAGGACGACGCGGCGCCUGGCUUCCGUUUUCCGGUCAAUGCCAGGCGCAGACAUAGAGGAGGCGGUGGUCUUGGGAAACUGCAAGCGCUUCGACGUCUACCUGGCCUUGGAAAAACCGAAGCACACGGACUUGGUCUGCCAGCGCGUGGCGGACAUGACUGCCCAGCAGAUGGCCAGCUACCGCCAACAGCAGGGCGGCUGGCUGGAGGGGGCGAAGACCUGGCUCUUGCAGGCCUCCAACGGCUUCGAUGUGCCCGACUUGGUGUCCCCCCCAGAGCACUUGGGCGACCGUGCGGAGACUGAAGGCAUCCGCAGAGAUGCAUUGGCCCUCCAGAAGGCCUUUGAGGUCCGCUCCGGCUGCUGCGGGGUGACGGCAUACUGUGCCGCAGUGGCUGCCGGCUUGGAGGGGCGACCCAAGGAGGCGUUCAACCCUUGCUCCGCGCGGGACGCCCACAUCAUGCUGCAGCUGAAGCGCACGCUCGAGGCGGCGACCACGCCGGAGGAUGGCCGCGCCCCCUGCGGCAAGCGCCUGGGGCUGAUCUUUCGCAUCGCGCUGGAGGUGGGGAAGGCCGUGCGGAACCCAGAGCGUUUGCCGCAGCUCGAGCAGCUACAGGCCUAUGGCGAGGGUCGACUUUCGAAGGCUCCGCGCAGGUCCGCAGCCGCUGCGGCAGAGGUGGCCGAGAGGUCCAUCUUGCGGCCGGCCGUGGCGAAAUGUGCCUCCAAGCUGCAGGGCUUCCGCAAUGCCGGGCGGGUGACGGCUCUCAGAAGCAAGGCCGAAGAGUUGUUUCAGCAGCUACAGCUGGGCGCCUGCACCGCGAAGGAGUUGCAACAAGCGCGAAGGCGAUUGAACCGCCUGCUCCACGUUCCGACAUUAGCCUUGAAGGGCGGCGACGAAGUGGAUCAGGAGGCCAUCCUCGCAGACGUGCGGACGCUGGUAUCCACUACUUCGGGGCAGUCAGCAGACGAAAAGCGCGGAGGCUGCAGGCAAGACGGCGGCGGAGCUUGGCGAAACGAACG